GUGAUCUUCAACCAGGAUGAACGGGACAACGUGAAUGUCAACUAGUGUUUUAUAAACUGAAUUUAACCGUCAUAAUGAAGAAAUCGUCUACCUCUUUUGUAUUUUAGUAAUUGUAGCUCCAUAUUGCAUAAUAUAGCGUCUGUAACUAAACUAUUUAUUUGUUCAACGUCGAAAUUUAGAGGCAUAUAGUAACAAUGUUGCCGGCUAGGUUGUGGUUGUCUGAAGCAGCUCUUGGAAUGUGGCAAAGCCUUCGAUAUUACUGCCAGGAGACACCCAGAAAGCUCCGAAUAUGCGAGGCAAUCUCAAAUUUAGAAGUGGGAACACAAAUCAAAGUGCAGGGCUGGGUUCGCUCUGUGAGACCCCAGAAGGAGAAUCUGUUCCUCCAUGUGAAUGACGGGAGCUCCCUUCAGUCUCUACAGGUAGUGGCCAGCUCAGAGCUCAACCACAGACUGCUGACGUUUGGGAGUGCUGUGGAGAUCUCAGGGAGCCUGGUCACCAGUCCCAGCCGCAAGCAGGACGUGGAACUGCAGGCUGACCAGAUAGAUGUGGUUGGAGAAUGUAACCCUGUGGACUUCCCCUUUAAGAUCAAGGAGAAACAUGGUCUGGAAUACAUCCGUCAGUUUCCUCACCUGAGGUGUAAAACCAACGCCUUCAGUUCCCUGCUGAGAAUACGCAGCGAAGCCACCGCUGGUAUACAGCAAUAUUUCAAGGAGAAGGGCUUUAUUCAGGUCCACACCCCAGUCUGGGUGAUAAUGUCAGUCCUCACCUCUAAUGACUGUGAAGGGGCAGGAGAGCUCUUCCAGGUUGAGCCUGCAGGUCAGGAGAAGAACCAGGAUGAGGAAGGGCCCCAACACUUCUUCUCUGUCCCAGCGUACCUGACUGUCUCUGGGCAGCUGCAUCUGGAGGUCAUGGCUGGGGCGUUUCCUGGAGUGUACACUUUUGGACCAACGUUCCGGGCAGAGAACUCUCAGAGCAGACGUCACCUGGCUGAGUUCUACAUGGUGGAGGCAGAGAUCUCCUUCACACAGUCACUCGAGGAUCUAAUGAAGGUGAUGGAAGACUUGUUCAGGUCUACAACAGAACAUCUCUUGUCUCAGUGUCCUGAAGACGUGGCUUUGUAUCACAAACACGUGUCACCAGGAUACAGGGACUAUGUGGAUCUAAUGAUGAAGAAGAGUUUUAAUGAAAAGCAGGAGCCACGCUGUGUUGACGUAGAGCAGGAGCCACCCUGUGUUGACGUAGAGCAGGAGCCACGCCUGUGUUGA